UGCCGAACCUUCUCUGUUAUGUAAGAGAUCCUAAGAAUAGAAUUGCACGUGCGUGACGCAAAAUAAGUUACUUCUGGAACUCUGCACAUACUAUAUAAAUGAGCUUGUCGGACAAAGCAGUCUAACUUGGUAAAGGAGCAACAAUAGCUGUACGAGUUGAGAAGAAAGAAGUGUGAACAUGUCUCUGAUACCUGUUUACUACGACUACAGUCCAUUUUCAUCGUUCUAUGCACCUGCAACACCCAUCAGGUCCAUGUUGAGUAACAUGCUGAACGACGAGUUGGCGCUGUUUCCCCGAUUCGCUGCACCCAGCAGACGACCUUCCAAAUGGACUCAAACUUUUCACUUGGACAACUUCGGCCCUGAUGAAGUGAAAGUAAACGUUGAAAACGGUUGCGUUAGGAUCCACGCCCGACAUGUACGGGGGGAUGAAGACAACGGCGAGGUCCGGGAGACAAAACGAUGCUUAAACAUCCCAGAAGGGGUCGACCAGAGCAAAGUGCACUGCAAAAUGAUGAAUGACCACGCUUACGUUGUUGAGGCGCCGUAUUUACGCAAUGAGGAUGAAGAGGAGAUGGAGGUGCAGGUAGAUAACGUACCGGCCAUUACACAGGGCGAGAACGAAGACAUGCAGCUGGUGGAGAGUGAGAAACCCUACGAGACCAAGCUGGAUUUGUCCGUGUUUGAGCCUGACCACAUCGACGUCAAACGACGUGGGAACGUGGUUUCAGUCUCUGCUGACCAUUCACGUGACGAGGACGGGGUCAAAGUGUCCCGGUCUUUUAGACGCGAGUUCACCGUACCACAAGGCGUUGACUACAAGAAAAUCAAGUGCGUCAGAGAUCCAAAGGGACAUGUUGCCAUCGUGGCACCCAGGACCGAAAAGAAGUGAAAAGGGCAACCAGUCGGUAUAUGAUAAAGACAUUCAGUGAAUAUUUAUGUCCAUUAUUUUGGAACAGUUCUUUUCAUGAUACAAGUACUUUAGUAUAAUUUGUGCAAUUAGUACUUCUAUUUCUUGUUUUCAUAAUACAUGUACUAAUGGUGUAAUUUGUGCAUUUACUAUCUGUGUACAUUUGUCACUUGUCAGAUAGACGGUCUUCCUACAUUCAUACAUAAUCAUUUGUUUUGUUUGUUUUGCGUUAAACAAUAAAUUUGUGAAAAUAUAAAA